AUGUGGCGUCAUUCGCUUCUCAUCUUCCAGGGCGAAGCAGGAACUAUAGGACCCCCAGGACCACCUGGAGUUGUAGGACCUUUGGGACCUCCUGGAGAAUCUGGAGCGUCUGGUGACAUCGGUCCACCAGGCCCACCGGGUGUUCCAGGAGAGACGGGACUUCCUGGGCCGUCCGGCAAGGAAGGUCCUCCAGGUGUUAUCGGACCGCAAGGAAUUAAGGGACCUGCAGGACCUCCGGGACCCCCCGGGUUUCCUGGCGAGCGGGGAAAUUUAGGACCCCCGGGGUUUCCAGGUCCCAAAGGCGAGAUCGGACUUCCAGGUACUAUAGGUCCUCCGGGUCUUCCUGGUCCACCAGGCCCUGUUGGGGCACCAGGAGAAGACGGCGACAAGGGCGAUUCCGGUCUGCCAGGACAGAAAGGCUCCAAGGGUGGAAAAGGCGACCUCGUGAGUGGCUCCCAAUAUGCAUUACUAACAACAUGCUUCAAGUGCCAAGUAAACUGCCAUCCUGCGUGGGGCUGA